AUGGCGGAGCGGUGUGAUUACAGAACAGAAACACUGAACUUGAGUUGUGUUUAAAGGCCGUUGUUGUUGUUUUUCUGCCGGUCAGUGUCGGUGUGUUCCCGGGUUGAGGAUGGCCCAUCGCUACCUGCGGCUGUCCGCGGGCUGCAGGAACAUGUUCCGGCUGCUGCUACCCUCCAAUGCUCCGGCCAGGCUGGUGAUGUGCUCCACCAUGGCCGGACAGGUAGGGAGUGGGCGGAGUCUGCUGAGCGAGCUGCUGGGAGCAUACAGGAGGCUGAGCUCCAGACCACCUAAAGGUUUUGAGAAAUAUUUUCCAGACUCCCAGAAGCCUGCAAAAAAUUCUGAGGCUGAAGCUGCAACUAAAGACAACAAACCUGCCAAUGCUCAGAGAGCCUCGGGGAAGUCAGGAGGAGGAGGAGGAGGAGGAGGAGGAGGAGGGGGGAAAAGAGGAGGUCGUAAGGAGGAGUCACACUGGUACAGCCGUCUGCAGAAGGGGGACGUUCCUUGGGACGAUAAAGAGUUUCGGAUGUACUUCCUGAGCGGAGCAGCGUUCUGGACCACUGUCACUUACUACUUCUUCUUCAGGGAUGGAGGACGAGAGGUCACCUGGAAAGACUUUGUCAACAACUACCUGUCCAAAGGAGUGGUGGACCGGUUAGAAGUCGUCAACAAGCGUUACGUCAAAGUGGUUUUCUCUCCUGGGAAGACGCCGGUGGAUGGGCAGUAUAUCUGGUUCAACAUCGGCAGCGUGGACACGUUUGAGAGGAACCUGGAGACGGCUCAGUACGAGCUCGGCAUCGAGGGGGAGAACAGACUGCCGGUGGUUUACUCCACCGAGAGCGAUGGCACUUUCCUACUCAGCAUGCUCCCCACGGUGCUCAUCAUCGGCUUCCUGCUGUUCAUGCUGCGGCGGGGACCGGCAGGGGCGGGGCGUCCUGGCCGGGGGAUGGGCGGACUGUUCAGCGUCAGCGAGACAACGGCGAAAAUCCUGAAAGACGAGAUCGAUGUGAAGUUCAAAGACGUGGCGGGCUGCGAGGAGGCCAAGCUGGAGAUCAUGGAGUUCGUCAACUUUCUGAAGAACCCCAAACAGUACCAGGACCUUGGCGCCAAGAUCCCUAAGGGAGCCAUCUUGACGGGUCCUCCAGGAACAGGAAAAACUCUUCUAGCCAAGGCGACGGCCGGCGAGGCCAACGUACCGUUCAUCACCGUCAACGGCUCCGAGUUCCUGGAGAUGUUUGUGGGCGUUGGCCCGGCCAGAGUGAGAGAUCUGUUCGUCAUGGCAAGGAAGAACGCUCCCUGCAUCCUCUUCAUCGACGAGAUCGACGCCGUGGGACGGAAACGAGGACGAGGAAACUUUGGGGGACAGAGCGAGCAGGAGAACACACUGAACCAGCUGCUGGUGGAGAUGGACGGCUUCAACACGGCGACCAAUGUCGUGGUUCUGGCAGGAACCAACAGACCGGACAUCCUGGAUCCGGCUCUGAUGAGACCAGGACGCUUCGACCGACAGAUUUACAUUGGUCCUCCUGAUAUUAAAGGUCGAGCCUCCAUCUUUAAAGUUCACCUGCGUCCUCUGAAGCUCGAGGUCAACGUGGACAAGGACGCCCUGGCGAAGAAGAUGGCCGCCCUCACACCUGGAUUCUCAGGCGCAGACAUUGCUAACGUCUGUAACGAGGCGGCUUUGAUUGCCGCUCGCCACCUGUCAGAUGCCAUCAACCAGAAACACUUCGAACAGGCCAUCGAAAGGGUCAUCGGAGGUCUGGAGAAGAAGACUCAGGUCCUGCAGCCGGAGGAGAAGAAGACGGUGGCGUAUCAUGAGGCUGGUCACGCCGUCGCUGGAUGGUUUCUGGAGCAUGCUGACCCUCUACUAAAGGUGUCCAUCAUCCCCCGAGGGAAGGGGCUGGGCUACGCUCAGUACCUGCCCAAAGAGCAGUACCUGUACACCAAGGAGCAGCUGCUGGAUCGCAUGUGUAUGACUCUGGGGGGGCGGGUCUCCGAAGAGAUCUUCUUCGGACGCAUCACCACCGGAGCUCAGGACGACCUCCGCAAGGUCACCCAGAGCGCGUAUGCACAGAUCGUUCAGUUUGGGAUGAAUGCAAAGGUGGGUCAGGUUUCCUUCGACCUCCCCCGGCAGGGCGAAAUGGUUCUGGAGAAACCAUACAGUGAAGCUACGGCUCGGCUCAUUGACACCGAGGUCAGAACCCUCAUCAGCGAGGCGUACCAGAGAACCCAAGAGCUGCUGAACAACAAGAAGGCAGAGGUGGAGAAGGUGGCGCUGCGGCUGCUGGAGAAGGAGGUUCUGGAUAAGAGCGACAUGGUGGAGCUGCUGGGAAAACGUCCAUUUGCAGAGAAGUCGACGUACGAAGAGUUUGUGGAGGGAACCGGAGGCGUGGAUGAAGACACGACGCUGCCGGAGGGUCUAAAGGACUGGAACCAGGAGAGGAAGGACAAGGAGGAGACCCAGGACGAACAGGUGGCCCGACAGAUCUCUGGAGGAAUGCCCUUUUAGAACCCUCUGAUGGAGGUCUGGGUUCUACCACAAACAUUGACCCAUCACUCUCAUGGGUAUAAAAUGUCUGGAUCACAAUCAUUGAUGAGGAUGAGAUCCUUGCCUCCUCCCACACUUCCACAAUAAAUAUCAAGAUCUCUUUUCGUAGAACCUUUAGCUAUGGAAUUCUACACUAAACCUUCAUCCUAUAGUUCCUUAAUAUUUUGUUGGAGAUCUGGGUUCUACCACCAACCUAAGCUAUGACCCAACCCCUCCCAUGUCUAGAACCUUGUUAAUGUGGAGUUUUACAGUCACCUUGCUUCCAUCUGUGAGCUCCUGAAGCCUCUCGUUGACUUCAGAAUAUUAAACAAGAAGAACUUGGUGAGAACCUGGUCUUUGUACUGCACCAAAGACCAAACCCUCACCUUAUAACACUCUAGAAUGUUCUGUUGAUGUCUGGGCUGCACCACCAAAAUAUGACUGGACACUGGAUUCAAGAACUCUGCACACACUCCUAGAACCGUCUCUCUAGAGUUCACUCACCUUGUACCGACACACCCUUCUCCUCAUUGUUCUGGAACCUUCACCUUAUUGAACCACCGCUCUUCCCUGUGUCACCAGGUUAUAGAACAGAUCGGAUUCAUGCAUUUAUGUCUAAACUGUCAUUGAGUUCUGAAAUAUUUCUGUUCAGAGAACUGUUCUCUAGAGGCCUCAUUCUUUACUCUGUAGGACUCUGACACAGAACUUGUUUACAGUAACCUAUAGAGCCCCAUCUCCAUCUCCCAGAACUUCCCCACUGACUUGUGCUGGGACCUCUGUGUAGAACACUGACAGCACUUAUAGAAGUGUUUUCUACAUUUGGAUCUUGUUCCAACAAAGAAUUCUGUAUCACACAAAUAUUCUAAAGCAGGGUUCUAGAUUAAUUACAACAAACAUGCUUCCAGAAUGUUCUACAAUCUACAUCUUUAACAACAGAUUUGUUCCUCAUACACUAGAACCAGUGCUGACUUAAAGAUUGAUAUUGAGUGAUGUUGAGUAAUGUUCUUCAAAUAUCUAUUCUUUGUAUAGAACCAUCUCUGCUGGAGAAGCCUUGUUCCAUUGCAAGGGUUCUUGAACAGUCAAAUCCACACAUACUCUUGAUAUUAAAACAUUUGCUCCAACAGGGGGUUCUAGAUCACUCACAGAACGCACACACGUUUGGAGAACGUUCUCAAUUUGUUUGUUCUAAAGUUCUAGAACAAUUUUGCACUAAGAACUUUCAAAGUGUCUUGAUGUAGAACCCUUAGAUAAGUCACAACACGUACAUGCUUUUAAUAUUCUCCAAUCUGUGACAACAGAUCUGUUCUUGUAAAGCAGAACCAACACUAGAACCAUUCUCAAACUAACUGAUAACUAUUUGAUAUAAUUGGUUGGUUCUAGGUCAUUCACACCACACACAAACUGCCACAAAAGGGGCUCUGGAACAUUUCUCUGCAAAGUACUGUUCUCUGCAUAGAACUCUAGAACCUUCCUCUGCAUUUGAAGCCUCUCUUGAUCGCAGGGUUCUACAUUAAACAUACUCAAGAAAUGUUCAGUUCAGCUCUGACCCAUAGAACCAUUCAACAGUAUUUCUGUAAAUGUAGAACUCUUGUUUCAGGUUCUCGAUCCGGACUCUACAGCACUUGGUUCCUUGUCUGCAGCUGAACUGUUGGACUUUGUGCUCCAGUGCCAGCCUGUGACAAACAGAACAUAGAACAAGAACCCUAAAGGUAGAGGGUGUCGUGAGUACAGUUCUUCAUACAACCCUGAGGUCUGCAGUUGAGGUUCUGCUGCUUAAAAAAAGAUGAUUAACUUAUUUAAAGAUGACUCUGUAUCAGCUAUAGAGAAUGCUCUCUCCAUCAUCAUCACGCUUUGAUCCUGUGAGAGCAGUAAAGAGCUGCAGUCUGUGCUGAUCAGAUAUGAAUUAGUUAUCGAUCAGUUAUUGUUAGCAUGCUGCAUACUGUAUACAGCUGAUGCUAAUAUGAUGUGAAAUUAUAGUAAGGUGUAAAUGUGUGAUGUUUCAGACAUUUUAAUAAAGACAGAAAAACUGUCA